CUUACCUUUAUUCUUUCCACAUUUUAGUCUGCUAUAGUAAUCAUUAUAUAGAAUAAAUAAAUAGUAAAGUCUUCUAACUAAAUAUUUUAAUAUUUUAAUAUUUGGAUUAUUUAACAUGCGAAAUAUUUCUGAGGUUGUACUUUGUGGAGUUUAAAUAUUUUACCAAUGUGAUGACCACAUUCUUACAUGUAUUCAUGAUUCUAAGUAAGGGAAUAUCAGGCUCCUUAUUCAUAUAAAUACCUUAAUUUUUUUAUGAUACUACAGACAGAGCCUUAUUCAAAAAUGUAUAUAAAACAUCACAAAUGUAGGUGCUGGGACAAUUUAAUGCUCGAUCACCAAUUUUGUUUUUCUUCUGUUCAUUAUUCCAACAAAUCAUAUUUUUUUCCAGUUUUCUACUUGAACGGAUGUUCUCUGUUCAUGUACAUGAUGUUCUGUCCAUGUUCCAUAUUUCAUUAUUUGAUUUGUCAAAAUGUGAUUUGUUUUAUGUUGAAGCUUACAUUUGCAGCAACAUAAAAACUUCUUUUUCAUACAUUCCAUGUUUUAUGAUUCUGUUUUGUCAAGUUGUAACUUGUCUAUUGUUGGGACUUUACUUAUAUUUGGAGCAACACGGAAAUGUCUUUUUCAUAUGUUCUUAUCUUUGGGGGUAAGAAUUAAAUAAAUUGACAGUAUUUCCCAGGUUAUUCAUUUUGUUAUCAGCACCAAUUUAUGUUAGAAUGACAUGAGAUUUCUGAGUGAGUUUUGUCGAUCAAUGCUCAUGUAUUAUAUUGUUUACAUUGGUAAGGCUAGUCUAUAAAUCAAGUGUUUUCAUAGACUUCCUCUCCUCCCUCUUUCCGCAGGUUCAUAGUGUUUACAUAGAAUAAAUAAAUAGUUAAGACUUCUAGCUAAAUAUUUUAUUUUAUUUUUUUUUUGCAGAAUGGAUCCCAAACAGAAGAUGAAAGUUAUUGCCUGCUUGAUUUUACAUUUCGAAUUAAUGAAUGACCUUAUGGUUAAGUUGUUGAUGAUUUGCUAUAUUUUGAUUAUAUUGCAAUUGAAAAAAAAGAAAAGAAAAUGGAAUGAUAGUUAUAGUAAGCAAGUAAUAAGAGAUGUUAGUGUUGAUAGAAUUAUUUAUUUUAGUAAUCUAGCAUGUAUAGAGAACACAAGAAUGAAUAGAUGUGCUUUUCAUGCAUUGUGUAACAUGCUUAAAAGGGUUGGAAGGUUAGAACCAAGUAGGAAUAUGGGUGUGGAAGAAAUGGUUGCCAUGUUUUUACAUAUUAUAGCACAUGACGUCAAAAUUAGAGUAAUAAAGAGACAAUUUGUGAGAUCUAAAGAAACAAUUAGUAGGCAGUUUAAUGAUGUAUUGCUUGCUAUUUUGAGAUGUCAUAAUCUCUUACUGAAGAAACCUCAACCAUUUAGCCAAGAUAGAAUGGAUGAACGAUGAAAAUGGUUUAAGGAUUGCCUAGGAGCCUUAGAUGGUACUCAUAUCAAAGUCAAUGUCCUUGAGGCUGACAAGCCUAGAUAUCGAAACAGAAAAGGUGACAUAACAACCAAUGUGCUUAGAGUGGUUGCUCCCGAUAUGCAAUUUAUCUACGUACUGGCGGGUUGGGAGGGUUCAGCUGUGGAUUCUAGGGUAUUGCGAGAUGCACUAUUUCGCAAUGGGUUUAGUGUUCCCCAAGGUCAUUAUUACUUAUGUGAUGCUGGAUAUAUGAAUUGUGAAGGAUUUUUUGCACCUUAUAGAGGACAAAAAUAUCAUUUGAGUGAGUUUAAUCCACAUAAUCAACCCAGUACAGCUCAAGAGUUUUUUAAUAUGAAACACUCACAAGCUAGGAAUGUCAUUGAAAGUGCAUUUGGAAUAUUGAAAGCAAGAUGGGAAAUUUUAAGGGGAAGAUCAUUUUAUCCUAUUAAGACUCAAGGAAGAAUUAUAACUGCUUGUUGCCUUUUGCAUAAUCAUAUUAGAAGAGUGAUGGUUGUGGAUCCUAUUGAUGAGAUAGAAGAUCAAAAUAUACUUGGAGUAGAUGGUGAGACGAUCCACCAUAUUGAAACGAGUGAUGCUUGGGGUAGAUGGAGAGAUCAACUUGCACAAGAAAUGUGGAAUCAAUGGAGGAGAAGACAUCAUGCUCGAUAAUUGUAAUAAUUUUUCUAUGUGUGAGGUUGUCUGUCGUAACAUUGAUUUCAUUUUGUUUAUGUGUUUGUGUUCUUGGAUAAGAGUUGUGCAUGUAUGCUUAUUAGUGCAAGUAAUUUUUUACUUUUGAGACUUCUUUGUAACUUUUAUUUGGAUAAUAGUAAUGUUUUUUUAGUGAAUUUAAUUGUGAUAA